AUGUAGAUAGGAGAAGAGUUGAGAUCGUUGGUAAAGAUUGCAGGCCCUAUAGUGAUAACAUCCAUGCUUAUAUACUCAAGGUCUCUUGUUUCAAUGCUAUUCUUGGGCCGUCUUGGGAAAACAGAAUUGGCUGGAGGCUCAUUGGCUCUAGGGUUUUCAAAUAUUACAGGUUACUCACUCCUCAGAGGUCUAUCGACGGGGAUGGACCCCAUUUGUAGCCAAGCUUAUGGAGCUCAAAGAUGGUCAGUUAUCAGUCAAGCUUUUCAGAAAACCCUUUGCCUCCUCCUCCUUGUUGCCAUCCCCAUCUCACUCUUGUGGCUCAACAUGGAGCCCAUCUUUAUAUUGUUAGGGCAGGACCCGCAAAUCACUAGGGUUGCAAAACGUUACAUGGUUUUUGCCAUUCCUGAAUUGAUAGGGCAAGCUCAGCUUCUACCAUUGAGAAUCUUUUUCAGAACACAAGGGUUCACCACCGCAUUAACCCUAGCAGCCGCAUUUUCCGCCCUCUUUCAUUUACCUAUGAAUUAUUUUUUGGUCACAUAUAUGGAUUUUGGGGUUGCAGGUAUUGCCUUAGGGCUUGCUUGGAACACUUUUCUUUUCAAUUUGGGUUUGGUAAUUUAUCUAGCCAGAUCACCUCAUGCUUUGAAGCCAUGGCAUGGGCUCACCAUGCUCUCAGCCUUUCAAGGAUGGGGGCCAUUGCUAAGUUUGUCUCUACCCAGUUGUGUUUCAGUUUGCUUAGAGUGGUGGUGGUAUGAACUUAUGUUGUUCUUCUGUGGCUGGUUGAGUAACCCACAAGCAAGUGUUGCAGCAAUGGGAAUUUUGUUGCAAACAACUGGAAUGUUAUACAUAAUCCCAAUUUCUCUAAAUGGAUCCUUAUCGACGCGUGUAGGACUCUCGCUGGGCGCAGGGCAACCGACCCGCGCCCAGUGGACCACCCUGAUUGGGCUAAUCAUGGCAUUUGCUUGGGGGAUUUCCGCGUUCAUUUUCAUGACUGCUUUUAGGUCCAUGUGGGGAACAAUGUUCACGAACGAUCCACAAAUUCUUGAUUUGAUUUCGACUGCACUUCCAGUUUUGGGCUUGUGUGAAAUAGGCAACGUUCCUCAAACGGCCUCCUGUGGAGUGUUAACAGCUACUGCAAGACCUAAGCUUGGUGUAAAAAUAAACUUGUUGGCAUUUUACCUAAUUGGACUGCCAGUUGCUAUUCUUGCGACUUUUACGUUUAAGAUAGGGUUUUUGGGGCUGUGGUUUGGGCUGCUUUCAGCACAGUUGUCUUGUGUGGGUAUGAUGGUGUACACAUUGCUCCACACUGAUUGGAAACACCAAACAAGAAGGGCUGAGCAGCUGACUCAGGCUGUGGAAGUGAAAAACGAAAUUGAAGAGAACUUAGAGAAGAUAGAUGAUGAAGAAAGUGGGCUGCUAACUCCUACUGAAGUCUGA